CUUUUAUUUUUAUUUUUUUUGCAAUUGGAGUGAAAAGAAUCUUUCGUUUCGGUUUUCUACUGCUCUAUUGAAAACGCCUACUUAGACUAAUUGCAAGAAGUACAAGGAACGUUUAACAUUUAUAGGUAAACAUAGCUAAGGUAUUUAAUGUUGAAACAUUUUGAGUAUGACGUCAAAAUACGAACGUAUUAAAAGUGAUUGCCGUGCACGUAACGUUGUCUGGGAGGAUGCAGAUUUUCCUGCGGUGCAAUCAUCGGUUUUUUAUUAUCAAACUCCACCGUUUACGUUUCAAUGGCGUCGAAUAACGGAAAUUGCUGACUCUCAAAAUGCUUGCUUCGUAAAUGAAACUGAAAAUUUUGACGUUAUACCAGGAAAAAUGGGUGAUCGCUGGUUAGUUUCCUGUCUCGGUGUAUUGCAUUCUUUGCGUAAUCUUUUUUACCGUGUGGUGCCUGCUGAUCAAAGCCUGGAUAAAGCGAACGGUAUCUUUCGUUUCCGUUUAUGGUGGUGCGGUGAAUGGGUAGAAGUGUUAGUUGAUGAUCGUUUGCCCACCAUUAACGGCCGUUUAGCGUUCCUUCAACCGCAAUCGUCCAGUUGCUAUUGGGCUUCAUUGUUGGAGAAAGCUAUUGCCAAACUUCAUGGUUCCUAUGAAGCUCUUAAAUAUGGUACACGUUCUGAUGGUUUAAGCGAUCUGCUUGGUGGCGUAGUCGAAUGUAUACCAAUGAAGGCUAACAGCACUAACGAUAUGGUGCGGCCGCAACAAUUGAAAGCUCACCUAGACACCACCAGCAUUGUUACCUGUAUAGCAACCACAAAUUCGUCGUCGACAAUAGCAACGACACAUAAAAAUACAUCAGAACGUCUGGUAAAUGGUAUUGCGCUCAAUGUAAACUACAGAUUAUGUUCUUUGGAUAAAGUGGAAACUUUAUUGGGCGAUGCCGUUCAAUUGGUUCGACUUAAAGAUCCUUUGGCUUGUAAUGCAUUUGCCAAUAAUAAUGAUUAUCAAGGUGACUGGUCAGCGAUGUCGUCUACGUGGGAGCGAGUAUCUAUCCAGGAACGCGAUCGAUUGUUCGGGCAAUUGGAUGUGGGAGAAUUUUGGAUGUCGUUUUUAGAUUUUUCUCAGACAUUUUCCAAUUUGGAAGUAAUCUAUUUAGAUGCUGAUACCGCCAAAGAUGAGCUAACCUUGCAGGAUCGCCCGAAACGAUGGCAAAUGAAAAUGUUUCAGGGUCAAUGGAAACGCGGCGUUACUGCGGGUGGUUGCCGCAACCAUGAAUCAUUUCACAUUAAUCCGCAAUUAUUGCUAACUAUACAAGAGAAACAAGAGAUUGUAGUUGCCUUAAAUCAACAUACAGCUGUAGAGCCAAAGGUUAUUGGCUUUACGAUGUACAAACUACUUGGUGUGUUCGGUUCAAAGACAGUGACCAAGAUCAGUGAUUGUCUACCAAAAGAAUUUUUCAAAACUCAAGUGAGUUUUUUAAAUUCUGAUUAUGGCAACACACGUCACGUGACAUGCCGUUGCCAGUUAGAGGUGGGACAAUAUCUUUUAAUGCCCACCACUUAUGAUCCAGGCGAAGAAUCUAGUUUUACGGUACGCAUAUUAAGUACAGCUUCUUUACGUUUGUCCUUGCUCGAAACUCAAACACUUAUGCUACUCGAUCCAUUUCCGGAACUUAAAAACGAAGUAGAUGCUAUUAAAAUUAAAAAUGUCUGCCAAUAUGAGCCGGUAUUUAUGCAAUUGGCCGAUGAGAAUAAAACAAUUAAUUGUUUUGAAUUACAUGAACUAUUGGAAGCCUGCCUGCCUAAUGAUUAUAUCAAGGGUUGCGCGAACAUUGAUAUUUGUCGUCAAGUAAUUGCGUUACAGGAUAAAGCCGGUACUGGUCGCAUCAAUUUCUUGCAAUUCAAAACGUUUUUGGUUAAUUUAAAGUCAUGGCAAGGCGUCUUUAAAAUGUACACCAAAGAAAAGGCCGGCAUUUUAAGGGCUGAACGUUUACGCGACGCUCUCUACGAUGUUGGCUUUCAACUGAGUACAGACAUUAUGAAUUGCUUGAUGCAGCGUUACAUACGUAAAGACGGUACUUUACGUUUAAGCGACUUCGCAUCGGCCGUUUUGCAUCUUACUGCUGCCUUCGACUAUUUUCAACGGAAAGAUCACAAUCAAGAUAACGUCAUCGAAAUUGAAAUGUCCGAUUGGAUAAAAUGUGUCUUACGCUGCUAAAGGCAGUCAAAACGGAAGUCAAAUCAUUUAAUUAUCUUUCGCAUACAAGUAAUGAACAUCUUCUUCCUCUUAACUCUAAAAAAAAAAAAAAAAUAAAUAAUAAAUAAAAAAAAAAUUUUAGUUUAAUUUUAUUAAAUUAGAUAAAUCUUGAUUUAUAGCAAGACAGAAAUAAGAUACAAAAAUGAAUUUAAUAAAAAAUUUUAAAAAUACUCCCACAUAUAUACAUGUAUGCAUUAUAGUGUGCUAUAUUUCGAAAUCUCAUUAUUUAGGAAAGCAAAAGUUUUAGCAACACUUUUGAUAUUUGUAUGUUUAUCCUAUUUUUGUUUCUCUUUUUGUUUUUUGUUUUUAAUAAUAAAUUUAAAACUAAAAAAUUGUAUAAUAACAAAAAAAAUUUUGUAUAAUUUGUAGCACACAAGCCCUACAUCUAUAAAAUAAUCUUUUUAUGUAUGUAUGAAUACUUAUUAAUUCUAAUCACC